AUGGAGUGGAAUUGCGGUAGAGUGUUUGUGCUUUUAGUUCUAGUCGUUGCAAAGAUUUCAAGUUACGAGCGACAAACGCAAAGCUUCGUAAAAAUCAAUGUGUCUAAGAUCAAUCAAAAUCUGUCCAACGAGACAACAGGAACCGUUUCUGGGAACGAUAGUUCGGCAACAACUACGGUCAGUACAACGAUUUCUACAACUUCUACUACUGCUAAAAUGGAAGUAACAACCUUAAGCACGACGACGACAAAACCCGAAAGUACCAAACCUUCAACGGAGAAGCCCUUCGAGUCGCCUAAAGAAGGUCGUCUAGCAAAAAAGGUUCCAACUGGGUACUACUGCAAGUGUGACUUGAAGGUCAAUAUUUGCGAUGUAAACUGCUGCUGCGAUAUUGAUUGCACUACCGAAGUCUUGAAAACUUUCGACUGUAAUGAGGAGCUGCUGGAUACGAGCGAAUACAAUAACCUUGGGGGACUGCAAUCGUGUGAAGUUCAGGGCGGUCUGCUUUGCCUAGUUGGCGAAACCGUUCACGAGAAGAACGGUGCGUUCUACGAUCCCAGCCUAAAGAACCUGAUGAAAAGGCACAGAUGGAAGGAUACUUUCCCACUGAACAAAGUUCCGAAAGAUGGCAGCCCAUCGGCUUAUCGAGUAAACGAUCCUCUCCAACUGUACAAUGAAACAAACGAAACUGUCGACCCAUUCACCUUACCCUAUUCGCUCACCAAUUCCGACUGCCAGCUCAGACAGCCGAUUCGCUUUCUUCGUGAUCAAUCAACGGAAUGCCUUCGGUCGUUAGAGAGCCUAGAGUUAUUCACAAGUGACCUACUGGAGCAACAAUCUAACGUUAGAUAUCUGAGACAGCCUAGGGCACAAGCUAUGGAACAUUGCAUGGAACAAGAUUGCAUGAACAGCACUACCCAAUUCUGUAACUUAUUGGGACAGAAUUGUCAAAUAUCCAAUAAAACAGAAAACUACGAGCAUGAUGGUGAGUGGUACUGCCCAGAACUUCGAAUUACAUUAUUCCACAAUUAUACCCGCUUGGAGGGGGUGGAAAUGAGUUUCCUUUGCGGUCUGCUGCAUUUCUCAGGCCAGGAUACGGAUUCUGUGUGGCAAAAAAUCUCAGUGGAAUUUAAACGAAAAGAUGAAGAGAAAUAUUCUAGAAAGCUAAGUGGAAAUUUAGGAUAUCUGAAAGGUAAACCUGUUAUCGUAUCAGCUGCUCGAAUCCCUGAGAAUGAUACCGCAGAAGACAGGCGGUCUAAAAAAUACAUGCUCAACUAUUUCACCAAUGAAACCAGAAAUCCUGACGAUACGUUUCGUUUGAAGUUACCCAAAAGCAGAGGAAAUCGUUGCGUUCUAAAUGAUAACGUAUACUACGAUAUUUUGUUUGGGGAAAAUUCGUGGAAUAGAUGUUAUUUCUCACCGCAGUGGAAUGUAACGUACGAAUCUAAUUUCACGACUGUUUGUAACCGACUACAGGAGAGUAUAUUCAAUUUAUUACUUCACAACAUAAGCCCUCUGUUGCAAACAGACAGUUACGAAUCUAUGAACCUCUACCUGUCCAAAUACGGCAAUCCAAUUAACCAAUCGUCGGAAUGGAUCCCGACGAUACCUUUGAAUGUGGUCAACGAAAAGCUGACGGCAAGCUGGCCCUCUUCGACCGGCGGGCAAGAAACUGGCACAUUCUUCAGCUGUAACAGUAUGGUGAUCAAUGUAAACUACCACUUCUAUUACGCGAGAAUCACCGUGCGGAAUGUUCCCCGUCAGCAGGUGCUGCAGGAAACGGAAAUUAUCUUCGGACCACGUGUUGAUUUGCAGUUUGCGCUCGAUGAAGAAAUUCGUGUUCCGAUCAAUACCCAGGUGCAAUUUUUUGAUUUAACCUCGAGCAACGGUGGCGUUGGUAUCUGGUGCAGGGUGAUUUCCAAUUUGUUGGCGAUGCUGGUCGGUUUAGUACUAGUUACUAGUUAAAGGGGCUUCAGAAUUAGUCACGAGUCUUAGAAUAAGUUAAUAAAGAAAUUAGCAUUAAUUAUGCUUAUUAGCAUAUGAACUACACAGCGCUAUAUCUGUUUAUUUUAAGACUAGUUUUACGGUAGUACAAAUAUAACAUCCUCCUUCUUUUA